AGAAUGCAGAGAAAGAACCUCACAGAAGUGACCGAGUUCCUUUUCCUGGGAUUCUCCAGAUUCCAUGAGCAUCAGUCCACUCUGUUCGUGGUUUUUCUCAUCCUGUACGUGUUAACCCUGGCAGCCAAUGCCAUCAUCGUGACGGUCAUCUGCAUCGACCGUCACCUCCACACACCCAUGUACUUCUUUCUGAGCACGCUGGCAAGCUCAGAGACUGUGUACACACUAAUCACCAUUCCACGGAUGCUGUCUGGUCUCACAGCCCAGAAUCGGUCCAUUUCCUUGGCAGGCUGUACCGCCCAGAUGUUCUUUUUUGUCGCCUUAGCCAGCAACAACUGCUUUCUGCUCACAGUAAUGGGCUAUGACCGCUAUGUGGCCAUCUGCAACCCCCUGAGGUACACAGUCAUCAUGAGCACAAGGGUUUGUGUCCAGCUCAUGUGUGGAGCCUUCAGCAUCGGCCUGGCCAUGGCAGCCGUCCAAGUGACAUCCAUAUUUACCUUGCCCUUCUGUCACAGAGUGGUUGGACAUUUCUUCUGUGACAUCCUCCCUGUCCUAAAGCUCUCAUGUAUUGACACCACUAUCAAUGAGAUCAUCAAUUUUGUUGUCAGUUCACUUGUGAUCCUGAUCCCUGUGGGCCUGGUCUUCAUCUCCUAUGUCCUCAUCAUCUCCGCCAUCCUCAAGAUCUCCUCCGUCCAGGGUCGGAAGAAGGCCUUUGCCACAUGUGCCUCCCACCUCACAGUCGUCAUCGUCCACUACGGCUGUGCUUCCAUCGCCUACCUCAAGCCCAAGUCUGAGGAUUCUGCAGAACAAGACCUUCUCCUCUCGGUGACUUACACCAUCAUCACUCCUUUGCUGAACCCUGUUGUUUACAGUCUGAGGAACAAGGAGGUCAAGGACGCUCUACGCCGAGUUGUGGGCAAAAACAUUUAA